ACAUUUUUUUGUCCUUAAAGUGUACGAAAACACACACACACACACACACACACACGACAAAGGUCGCUGUGCUGGAGUUUUCUAGACUUUUAGCCGCAAUGCUAAAAACAAAAACGUCCGUGCCACGUUACAUACUGCUCGGUUUGCACGUUAGUCUGAGAUAAAAAAUAAUCCCGAUUUAAGGCUACUUUAGCGUUACUUAUGUUUUCGAUUGUUUACAUAAGUUAGCGAAUUCAAGGCAGGUUAACAACUGUAAACGGUAGUUUUGUUGUUAGCCUAAACCAGGAAGAGUGUCUUUUCUCAGUUGAAGCUAAAAGUCGAAGGCUAGUAGGCUUAGCCAAGCAUUUUUAUUUGGGGUUGUCCUAAAAAGAAUGGAUGUUGAAAAGUAUUUGUCUCGUAUUGGCUGCUCUGCUCCCUGUUCUCCAACUCUGAAGACGCUCAGACACCUUCACCUCAACCACCUGCUCACGGUGCCUUUUGAGGACCUUUCCAUUCACACGGGGGAGCGGGUCAAACUUGACCUUCCUCUACUCUACGAGAAAAUCGUUUUGAAAAGAAGAGGAGGAUUCUGCUAUGAAAACAACGGACUUUUCUCUUGGCUUUUAAGCCAACUGGGUUUUGAGGUCCAUAUCCUCGCUGCUCAGGUGAAGAACCGCUUCACGGGAGCCUAUGGUCCACCGUUUGACCACUUUAUCAUGAUGGUGACCCUUGAUGGGCACCGGUGGCUCUGUGAUGUGGGUUUCGGGUCUGGUUUCCAGCUCCCUCUUUCUCUUGAGACAGACAGUCCCCAAAGGCAGAGCCAUGGUGUGUAUCGCCUACGGGCUCAGGAUAAGCUGGUCUUCAUGGAAGUGCAGUCAGGGGGUGAUGCUGUGAAGCCAGAACAGGACACUGCAUGGAAUGCAUUGUACAAGUUCACCCUUGAGCCGUGUCAGAGGGAGGAUUUCAGAGCCAUGUGUGACUACCACCAGAGCUCCCUCAGCUCCAUCUUCUUCUGCAAGUCCUUAUGCUCCCUGCUGUUAGCAGAUGGAAGGAUUACAAUCAUAGGCCGCAAACUGAUCAUCUCCAGCUUGCCUACCGAGGGGGACCAGCCUGUGAAAACCAAAACUGACCUCACAGAAGAAGAAAUUACUGAAUUACUGAGGGACAAGUUUGGAAUAGUGCUUUCUUCUCCAUUCACCCCAAAAGAUGUUGACAUUGUGCCCCCACCAGUGAACUAUUGAGUAUUAGUUUAUUUAAAUGUAUUACACAUUAAUCUGUGCAAAUAUGUCAAGUGAAAACUGUUAACAACAGAAACAAAGUCUUCUAAUAAGUGGACAAUGAUAUUGGUUAAUCUUUUUAAUAUUAUAACCGUUUUUGUAAUCUAGGCCUAUGCAUGGUGUCAUAUUUGAUAUCUUAGCCUGAAAGCCAAUGCUAAUCAGAAAUCAGUGCAUUUUUCUUCUGUGCACAGUUGGAAAUAAAGGUACUGUGCAGGUA